AAGCACGGAAAAAAUUAGAAGGGAUUAAACAAAAACUUUUUGGGGUCAAAAUGAAAACUACAAUUUUAUAUUUCGAGCACAUAUAUAUUUGCAAACUCCAGCCGAGCGCAAAACGCUGUAAUUCACCACUUCAAAUUGCAUAUUGCAAGGCUAAUAAUAAGAACUCCCAGAUUAACUCAUGAAUCGGUGGUUGCUGCCAUCACUGCACUUCCUCUCUAAAUCUCAGGUGCCACUAGCAUCUCUAUUCGAAGGAUUUUUGAACGGACAUGGACGCUCCAGUACUCAAGUUAAACAAAUACACUGGUAUCAUGUGAGGAUGUCAUCCAAUAGGAACUCAUUUAAUGGAUUUAGGACUUACUGCUCUGGCAGAGAUCUAGCUGCUAAGAAGUGUGUACCAUGCAACUCAAAGGAUAUCCGAGCCAUGACAGAAGAAAGUGCAAAUGAAAUGAUGCCAAAGGUUGCCGGGUGGAAUUUGGUGAAUGAAGAUGGUACACUGAAGCUGAAUCGGUCAUGGAAAGUAAAGAGUUUCACCAAAGGGUUGGAGUUAUUCCAGCUUGUUGGCAAUGUUGCUGAAGCUGAAGAUCAUCAUCCAGAUCUUCAUCUUGUUGGAUGGAACAAUGUAAAAAUUGAGAUAUGGACUCAUUCAGUUGGUGGACUAACAGAAAAUGACUUCAUACUUGCUGCUAAAAUCAAUGGGCUUGAGCUGCACCACCUGCUAAGAAAAAAAAAGGCUGCUACUUGAGAACUUGAUUAAUUUUGCAAGAUCUGGAAAUGACAUGGUCCCUUUGUUCAUUGAGUGAAGGAUAGUAUCUGCCAUGUUCAUACUUGGUCAAAAAUGGAGAUUUUUCCAAUUUUAACUCCAAUAAGCUUGCAUGGACAUCAAUAUAUGUUCUGUUUUCUUUUUUUUUUUUUUUUUUCUUUUUAAUAUUCUACAUUUGUGUAAAUCAGAGAUACAGCUAUGUUGAAGCUUCCUUAAUGAAAAGGAUUGUAAUGUAAUCAAAUAUCAUAAACAUGACAUUUAUAGCAUCUUUUGGCCUAUCUUAAGCCAAGUUGCUUCAGUGGACCAUUACCAA